AUGCGGUCUUACUAUGAAUCGUUCGGCGAAACGGUUGUGAGUGAUUCGAAUGGGGAAUCGGAUCAGCCGUAUGAGCACGGCUUUGAAGAUGAUGAUGGUAUGGUGCGCCGCUCCCCGGACAAUGCGGGCACAGGCGGCAUUUCGAGUGAUUCUAGAGACCGCGGAGAUGAGCCACGAUGGCGUGGCAGUGCAAAGGGGUCUCCCCCGAUGCGACAGCCGGCAUGGGACGGAUGGUCCGAGGACGGCUCGUACCAUGGCUUCGGGUCUACAUGGGACGGAGGCUAUGGAGGCAAUGAGAAUUGGGGCUGGAGAGGCGGCCCCGGUGAUAGCAUGUCUCAAGUCGGCAAUGAGAACUGGAGCUGGAGAGGCGGCCCCGAUGAUCGCAUGUCUCAGGUCAGCAAUGAGAACUGGAGCUGGACAGGCGAUGGCACGGAGCAUGACUGGGACAAGCGAAGCACUGAGAACUGGAGCUGGAACACUGGCUGCGCCGGCCAAGGAGGAUUUGGCGGUGUUGUCGGUGAACAGGGGCCGAAGAAGAAGCAGCUCCAAUGGGAUCGGGCGGCCUUCUAUGUCGGGGACCGCGAGUACCACGAGCCCUACGAGUUGAUCAAGGACACCUCGGAGGAGGUUCGCGACUCCAAGGGUGAGGUGAAAGUGGUGGGCGAGGAUGAUGUUUUGGCGAAGGCCGAGAAGAAGCCCGGCGGCAGGGUCUCCAGCACCUAUCCGCCCGUUUUCAGGGCACGUCCUCAGGAGAGCUACGCCGAGUGGAAACGGGCUGUGGAGUUUUGGAUCGGAGGUGAAGGGGGACAGCUUCCUCCGGAACUGAUCGGGCCAAGGAUGAUGGUCCAACUUCGCGACCGAGCAGCCCAACUUGUGAAAAGGCUCAGCAACAAGGACGUCAACGGGCCGGGCGGCAUGCAGGUUAUCUUCGAUGAGCUGGAGAAGUCGCCCUUGAUCAGGCAGGUGGACAAACACAAGGUGGACGAGCAUCGGCGUAGGCUCAUGCAGCUGAAUAGGGCCCCGAAUGAGUCGAUCGAGAGCCCGGACGCAACUGCGAUGGUCAAGACCAAGGCGGGCUCGGAUGUGGACGAGUAUUUGGUCACUGGAGCACUGGUGGAUUUGGCCUCGGAGUUGGAAGGGGAUGGCGAGGAGUGGAUGCUGCAGCGCGGUGAUGCCAGGCAGCGCUUUGGUGCCGGGGCCAAUGGUCAAGGGCGUGUGGCUUCGGGAACUCCGGGAAGCAGGCCUGCCAGACACUCCUUUGCCGCAGAGCACGGUGAGCUCGAUGAGGGCGAGCCAGAGAUGGGCGAGGAUGACUUUGAGGAGGGAGACACCCCUCCGGAGCUUCUGGUCCGCGAGAACGAGGCCUUCGGCAUGCAGUGCAAGGCGAAGCAGAAGAUCGCGGAGGUCAAGAAGCUUCGCCAGUACUACCGCAGGCCGGAUAACGAGGCUAAGCGCAAGGCCUUGGCAGAGCAGAUGAAAGUCAACCCUUGCCACAGCUGCGGCGAGCUGGGCCACUGGAGCAGGGAGUGCCCCAAUCCAAAGAACCCCACCUCCUCGUCGACGAGCAGGCCUCAGCAGGUGUUGGUGGCGCGCACCCGGAUGGCACCUCAGAGCAGCAAUGCCAUGGCGGAUCGCGAGUGGGAUCUGUUGGUGCUGACUGUGCAUGGCUUCCAGACGAUUUCCGUAUGGGAGAUGGAGUGGACGCAGUGCCCGUGCAUCCCUCAGUUUUGCAAGAGCCGAAGGGUAGCAACCAGCCCACCGAGCAGCGCUCCCAUGGAAGCCUCGGCGGUGGCAACCCCCAAGUGCAAACUAUGCCACAGUGCCGACCACAAGACACGCGACUGUCCGCAGAUCGAGGAGGUUUCCGACGGGGACUUCGAGCAGGUGAUGAUGGACCACGACGGGGAAGGUCUGCCUCGGCGGACGGCCCCGCCCCGCCCAGAGACGAAGACCACCUUUCGAGGACGCCGGGGGCAAGCAACGUCGAGCCAGCAGUCACCACAACCUCCGACCCAGGACAUGGCCGAGACGGUGGAGGGAGUCUCGGGUUUGACUCCCGAGGAGAUGCAGAUGCUUGCAAAGAGGCGCACCAAGCAAGCAGCCUCCAAGGCCAAGGCGAUCCAGCGGAAGGCCUUGACGGGGAUCCAAGCGGACUAUCCCUCGCUAUCCCAUGCUUGGAGCAGCGAGGUGGCGAUGAACUUGGUGGCGUCGUACGAGUGCGGGCUGCAGUUCAAGCCGAGGGGCAUCGACGAUGGAAGAGGUGGCAUCGUUGUUCGGCCACUUCGGGGCGAUGCGCCAAAGGAUGCAAGCUCCGGACGCUUGGGCUCUGAUGUGAGCCGCCCCGGACCUCGCCGACCCAAUCGGGGCCUUCAGCAAAAGAUCAAGGGUGGCUUGGUGCGCAUGAAGGAGGCCCUGGAACUCGUGGACAAGGUGAUUCGGGACCCCGGGAAGAGGCUGGUCCUCGAGGUGUUCCGCGGCUCGGGGAGAUUGUCUACGGUGGCGAGGAAAAGCCAGGGCCGGAUGGCCGGGCCGGAGAUCGAUGUGGAAAGGGGCUGGGACUUGACCUGCCCCAAGGAACAGCGGCGCCUCUUGGACUUGAUCCGCACGUGCCAGCCCGACCUGGUCACUCUGGAUCCUCCUUGCGGCCCUUGGUGUGGACAAUCUGAGGCCAGCCUUGAGAAUGGGGAAGCGUGGGAACGUCGCCAACGCCAUCUUCCAUUGUGGCGUUUGGUGGCCCAAAUAUGGGAGCUGCAGACCGUGGCUAACCGCCUAGUGAUGCUGACCCAGCCGGCGCUCUCCCAGGCCCUACAUCUGAAUUUCAUGCUUGAUCGCAAGGCGGUGUCCCGGGCCAUCAUUCCCAUGUGCAGCUUUGGCUUGGCGGACCCCGAGACCGGCGUCCCCUAUGACAAGAAGGUGGCGGUCGAGACCAACGACCCAGAGUUCACCAGGAGCUUGGCCGCCCGAGCCUACUGCACUCAUGGCAUGCAAGGCCACCAGAGUACCCAAGGUUACUGCAAGGUGCAGGGCAAUUGGGUGCGUCGCUCGGAUGUUGCGGCACAGUGGCCUGAACCCUUCUGUGAGCGGGUGCUUUCGGCGGCCCACCAUGCCUACGGUAAAACCGCCUCUGAGGUCCAAUGGUCCCUGCACGAGUCUGCCGGUGGCAAGGGCUGGGAGACGAUGGCCGUGACGAGUCACGAUGUCCCGGACGAGAACUUGCGGCAGGAACUGGCGAAGCACUCCAUGACGGGCGAACGCUAUGAUUUCAUUUGCUUUGAGGGAGAAGCAAGCCAGCAGCCUAGACGCUUACGCGCCCUCGUCGCCCACUUGCACGUGGCGAUGGGACACUUGUCGAAUGACAGGCUGGCUCGGCUGCUACGGUUGAGUGGUGCCAAGGACUCUGCGGUGACGUUGGCUGGGGCUUUGCGUUGCCAGGUGUGUGCGAUGACUCGUCCUCCCUUGCCCACACCGCAGGUGGCCUACCAAAAGCCUAAGGCCUUCAACGAGAGGGUAUCUGGCGAUUCCUUCUUCAUCUGGGACGCGGAGGGGAAGAAGUUCGCGGCCACCCACUACAUCGACGCCCUUACCGAUUACCAGGUGGCCGAUCUCACGGACUCUCCCGACUCGUCGUUCGCGAGGGAGGUGUUCCAGGAUCUGUGGCUCUCAGUCUUCGGCCCUCCCGAUCUUUUGAUCACGGACGGCGGCAGCGAGUUCAAGGGGAGCCUCGAGACCAUGCUCGACUUGUUUGGCGUGGUGCAUGAAGUGACCCCUGAGGGGGCCAAGUGGCGUCUAGGCCAAGCCGAACGUCACGGUGCGGUGCUGAAGCUCAUGGUCAUGAAAGUGGUCAAAGGCAUGGGGCUGAAAGGACUGAAGGAUAUGCGCCACGCCCUUUUGGCUUCGGUGGCAGCCAAGAACAGAACCCUCAACCGGGGCGGCGUGUCUCCCAUGCAGGCGGUGACAGGUCGGAAUACGAUGAUCCCGGGUUCCCUCAUGCAGCAGCUGGCCUCCGGAAGGGUGAAGUUUCAGUACAAUGAGGCCGUGACGAACAGUGAGGCAGUGGCCCGGGCAGAGAGGAUACGCAUAGGGGCUUUGGAGGCCUUCCACUGGCUGGGCUCCCACGAUGCCCUUCGCAAAGCGCUGGCCUCAAGAUCCCGCCCACCUCACAUGGAGGGCGUUCGGGAAGGGGCCAUCGUCUAUGUCUACGAUCCUCCGGCGAGCCGCAAGGGUUUGGCAAGGCGAAUGCAGGACAACAGCAGUUGGUCCGGGCCAGGCGUGAUUGUUUGUGUGGAGAGGGAUAAGCCCAUCCCCCAGAGGAUUUGGGUUCGUCUCCGAGGCCGAGUCAAGGCGUUUCCUCUCGAGAAGCUUCGCCUGGCGACCGUGGACGAGAUGGCCAGUGCAGAGUACGUCACGCAAGCGGCGCAGGACGUGGAGAAGGAGCUACAAGGAGGCCAACUUCGGGUGGAAGCCGGCGAGGAGGCGGAGGGUCAGGGCCCAGACGAGGAUGGGUCCUCAUCAUCGCCUGCCUCUUCCGACGAACAAGGGCCACACGAGCUCCAAGCCGAGGAGGAUGAGGAGGAGAAGGAGCGACGUGCGGAGCGCGCCAAGCUACUGGAUGACUUGCCCUUCUCGGUGUCAAGGAACUUGGAGGAUAAACGAAAGCGUGACCUGGAUGCCCAGCAGGACCCCCACGUGCUGGACUUCCAGAAGAAGCAGAAGCUCUUUGAGGACCUGGCCAAGGCCGUCAAGAAGGUGAUUAUGGGGAAGCCCAAGCAUCCAGGCGGCCGGAGUCGUGGUGAUGGGGGGCAUGGCGGCAAGCAGGAGCGCAGCAAAGCCCGCACGGUGAUGGUUGUGGGCACUAAGGAGACCGCCCACUUCUUCAACCCAGGGGAGAUGGAGGCCCUGUUGAACGACACAGUGGGACAAUGGGCUUUGUGGAGCGAGCCCUCACAGCACGCCGAGCACGAGGUGUUGGUGCAAGUGAGCCGAAAGGCUCACCAGGCCGAGAUGGAGGGCGUCACGGAGGUCACCACAGGCCGGGCACGUGUGGAGUACAAGUGGUCGAUGUUGAGCCCGGAGUGGAGACAGGCUUUUGUCGAGCCCCUGAAGAAGGCCGUUGGGGUGUAUCUGGAACACCAAGGCAUCAAAGGUGUCCCAGCUGACCAGAUUGUGGACCCUAUCCGCGUGAUUAACUCACGUUUUGUGCUCACCAACAAGGGAGCCGAGACUCUCUCAGAGGCGGAGCUCAAGGCGAGGUGGGUGUUUGGCGGCCACAGGGAUCCGGAUGCUGGACUCUACGCUACCGCUUCACCCACGGCCAGUGUCUUGGGGCACAACUUGCUCAAUUUCGUCGCGGUACAACAAGGCUGGGUUGUGCACUACGAGGACGUGAGCGCGGCUUUCCUCCAAGGCAAGCAAUUGCCCAGGUCCGAAAAGGUGUUUGUCAAGGUGCCCCACGGCUACCCUCCGGAGGUGACCAAGUUCCUCAUCGACGGACUAGGAGGUGGAGUACGCCCCGACAUGGUGGAGCUGACUAAAGGAGGCUUCGGACUACCCGAGAGCCCUCGUUUGUGGUACCUCGAGUAUAAGGACACUAUCGAGAGCCUGGGUCUCAAGGAGUUGGCCUUGGUUCCAGGCCUCUUCAGAGCCUUCCACAUCUGUGGGAAGCUCAGAGCCAUGGCAUCCAUCCAUGUGGAUGACACUCGCUACGCUGGCGAUGAGACGAGCCAAGAGUUGUGGGAUCAGCUGCAUGCCAAGCUGAAGUUCGGGAAGUUGCGCAAAGCAACAGAGGGAUGGCAAAAGUUCUGUGGACGAUGGGAGCGCCAGGAUCCAACGACGUUGGAGAUGGAGUACUCCAUGACAGAGUAUACCAAAGGGUCGGUCGGAGGGCUGUACGGCGGCGAGCCUCGAAGCUCCUUCGACUUCUACCACGAUUCCCUUGAGUCCAGCUACGGCGUGCAUCGAAGCUCCAUCGACUUCUACCACGACGAGGGGAAUGCCAUGGUCAUGGGUUGUUUAGCAGAUGCCGUUCAGCAAGCGAGUGUCCCGUCAGAAGCUUUGACAGAAGCCGAGAGGAAGCUGAUAGGUUCGGUGGUGGGCCAACUCAACUGGGCCGCUCGUCAAGGCCGUUAUGAUCUGGCGUUUGUGGCCUCCAGUGUGCAGCAGCUAGCAGGCAAGGGACAUGCCUCGGCGCUGAAGGUCCUGAAUCAGGGGGUCAAGCGGGCACGCGAAGAGGUGCUGAUCAAGAUUCGUCACCUUGGCUGCGACCUCAAGGACUUGGUGGUGGUGGCUGCGAGCGACGCGGCGUAUGGUGCAAUGCCAGACGGGCACAGCCAAGGUGGGCUCUUGAUUAUGCUGGCAUCGCCCAACAUUGUGAACGGCCCAGCAGCAGUUUGCAUUGUCGAGGGCAUCAGCAGCAAGAUCCAGCGGGUGGUCCGAUGCUCCAUGUCGGCCGAAGUGAGCUCCUUAGCUACAUGCUUCGAGCACGGCGACUUUGUGAGGGCCGUCUUUUGCGAAUUGGUGGAUCCUAACUUUCGCUUGAAACACUGGAAGGUGUCGGUGUCCAAGUGGCCAAUGUACCUGGUCACAGAUGCCCGGACCGGCUACGAUGCACUCAACAGCGACACGCUGCCCACCGACCGCAAGAUCGCGAUUGAUGUUGCUGUUCUCCGGCAGGCCAUCAUUGAGGACAACAUGCAUUGUUUGGUGCGGUGGGUACCCGGUUCCGCCAUGCCCUGUGACGGGUUGACCAAGUGGGCCGACAACAAGGUGCUCCUCAACCUGUUGACCUCUGGGGAAUGGGCUUUGGCGGACACGGAAGAAGCCCAAGAACUCCGACGACAAGCUGGCAUCAAGCGCGCAAUGUGGCGAAGGGCAACCAAGGCUAAUUCAAUAGCGU